UAAGCAUACUUUGUUGCUGCACUCUAUAAACAUUUGUAUUUUUACAUGUUAUUUGACGUGUCUGAUUUCUUUUUGUUAUACCAUUUCUUGUCUAGUAAUAUACACGUUAUCUGUUUUAAGCUUAUUUUUACUCUCCUUACUCUUAAAAGAAAUCUGAAUGGUUUUGAACUAAUAUUGUCUUAGGAUGGAUUUAGAUAAUAUAAAUGCUUUACCAAAGAAAUGUUACGCCUGUUCUACAUGUAAAAAAUUCAAGGCAAAUAUUGACAAUCCAAGUAUUUGUAGAUUAUGCAAUCAUCAUUUUAACUACCAUGAGCAAUACGCAGAGUUAGUUUUCAAUCAGAAAAUGCUUGCUGGUGAUCUGCCAAAUUUAGAUAUGCUACCUAGGAAAUGUUAUAAAUGUAAAUGCCAAAAAUUUGACCAAUCAAAUGAUAAUGAAGAAAUUUGUGCAGUGUGCAAUGAUGACGAAGGAGAGCAUCACCAAUGGGAAGUGGCUACUAUAUCUCAAAAACCAUCUAAUCAAAAUUCCAAUAUGGCCCAAAGUUCAAAUGUAUCAAAUACAAAUACUGCACAGAUCCAUAGUACAUCAGCAAAUUCUAAUUUUAACGCAAAUACAUUGUCUACACAAAAUAUUACUGGAUCAGCAAAUUCAGAUUCAAGACAGAUAGGAGACGCAUCUAUACAAGUUCCAAGAAACAGAAUUGUUUCAGGCCCUUAUUCAUCAAAUGAUGAUGUUAAUAGGUUCUUAAAUGAUGAAGAAGUGCGAAGUAGGCUAUUAAAUAUAAGGGAUAACAUCAAUAUACGUGAAACUUCACAAUUAUAUGAUAAAACAAGAAAAAAAACUAAGUCAUUUGAGCCCCUAGUGGUAUUAUUAAGAUAUAAAGGAAGUAAAAACAUGGUUCCAAAAGAAGGCACUUCAAUUUUUAAAUGGCUUGAAGAAAAUCAAUGGAUGAAAACUAUAAAAUUUACACGUUCUGAUGCUAACUAUGUGAACAAAAGGAUAUUAAAAAAUUUUCCGAUAUUAAAGGAUUAUGGUUGGACAUGUUUAAAGCCAACUCAAAGUAAUCAAUUAAUACCUUUUGGAGAGGGCCAAGUAAUAGAUCGUGAAUUAUUAAAAAGUGCUGCUACAUAUAGAAAGAGGUUAUAUAUUGCUCCUCUAAAAAAAAGUAUCGUACUUAAUGAUGGAAAGGAUAAUUCAGAUAGUGAAUCAGAACAAUCAUCAAGUCAUGACUCGGGUACAGAACAUAAUAAUGAAAGUAGAAGAGCAAAUUCAGGUUUUGGUGAUAAUAGGGUUAUUCAAAGAUCUAAUACUCAAACAAGCACGACUGCUAUUAAUUUUGCUCAACAAUCAUUAGACAACUUACCAGAUACAGAUGAGUUUAGAAUUCAAAUAUUAGACAAAUUUAGGUUGGAUAAUUACCUCUAUGAUGAUGACAAUCUUAUAAGCGACAUUAUUAUUGGUACCCGAAAUGAUAUAAUUGCUUCAUUAUUAAAUUGGUUACAUAAUGCCAAUGUAUUGGACAUCCUUAAAAAACCAGCUAUCAGAAUUAAUGAUGAAGACUUGACUGAUACAGGUGGUGGAUUUCGAGAUACAACUGAAUUCUUUUGGGAGAAGAUUAAAACUGAAAAUGUUAAUGGUGGCCGAUUGUUUGAUGAUGGAGAAAAUACGUUUUUUAUUAAAUAUAAUAAUGAGUCUACCGAGUGGAAGUAUCCUGAAAUCAUUGGAAAAGCUUUAUUUUGGUGUUGGCUACACCAAGGUGCAUGGCCUAAAUGGCUACAUAAAAUGCAUUUAGUAUAUGUAAUUUAUGGGGAAGAAAAUAUAAAUGCUGUUAAUAUACUUGGUGAAUAUAUACCAUAUCUUCAUGAAUUCGUCAUUGAUUUACAAUCAGGUUUAAGAAGUAACGAUAAAUUAUCCUUAUGGGCGAUCACUAGAAAUAAGAAUAUUGAGCAAUUUUCAUCUAUGACUAAUCAUGAGCUAUCUUCAUAUAUUUCCAAAUAUGAAGUUGUAAUUAAACGGUUGGAAAGCCUUAAAAUGCUUAAAAGAGGUUUUAAUAUUCUCAAUGUAAUUGGACUAUUUCAAGACUAUGGAUGGGAGAAAAUCGAAAGGCAACUCUACAAAGAGUUAAAUUAUGAAGAAUUUUUUGAUCAAUUUGACUCAUCUAUAAAUGAAUUAAAUAUGAUAACAGAAACAAGAAAAAGAAUAUUCCGAUGGUUUCAAAAUUACAUAUUCAAGCAGCCUAAAAAGAACCUUGAGCUCAUAAUGAAGUUUAUAACCGGAUCUUCAAGGAUACCUGUAUCAUUGAAAAUAAAAGUUGAAUGGUUAAGAGAUACAGCAGGAUCAACAGGCUCUAGGUUAAGAAAACUUCCAAUAUCAAGCACUUGUGCUUCAGUUUUAAUACUUCAUGAUACUUAUGAAAAUAACAGUGAAUCACAAAUUAAUUUUGAAGCUGAUCUUGAUACAGGUUUCUUUGAGUCUGAAGGUUUUGAUGAACGUUCUUAUCGGAAUAAUUAUACACGCCUUAAUUCUACUAUUAGUAACGCUGAGGUAAUUGAUUUAACACAAACUACAAUUGAAUUAAAUAAUACUUCACCUCAGAAUAUAGUUGAAGAUGAUCUUACUAUAGUUGAAAAUGAUCUUACAGAAGAAAAUGUUGAUGGCAGUGAAAGUAGGAGAGGUAGUACUAGUAGAAGAGACAGCAGGAGAGGUAGUACUAGUAGAAGAGGCAGCAGGAGAGGUAGAAGAGGUGGUAGAAAUCAUGGUACGAGAGGUGGUACGAGUGGUGGUAAUGUAGUUAGCAGGAGAAGGUUAAGAAGUCAAGAUCAGCAGCAGGAUAAUACAAGUUUUGAUAAUGAUAAUUGGAACGUUCUUUUACCAGAACAUAUAGAAGACCAAAUACGAAUAACACGAAGUAAGGGGAGGAGAUAA